AUGUCAAAACCAUUACAGAGAUACCAAAAACUUGGCUUGAAAGAGUUUUUACCAAGAAUUCACAGGUACCCGUUAGCCUGUAAAGACCUGAGCUUAAUUCUCAGAGGCGCUUACAAGAAAAUUCCCAAGAAUCUUCAAUCGCUCAUCUUCCAGGAUACCCUCACCGCCUUUCGUCUCCUCCCUCCCUGA